CCUUGUUCCCGUUUGAUUUCCGGGCGACCCGUCUCUUUAAGGUCUCUCUCGCCUGUUUUGUCUGUGGUUCCUCUCAGUGCCUGAUAAGCAGUUCUGUCGUUCCAUGGAGAAUCUCAGCUGCAGCAGUGCCUUGAUGGACCACCAUAGAGGACGUUUCCCGACGUUACCCCUCUCCGGUUCCUCCGCUGUGCCCUCGGGUCACCUCUCGGUUCCCUGCGUCCCGAUCGCCCGCAGCCAGAGCUCCAGCAGUCUGCCGCAGAACCCGUACCAGGACCCAGACCCCGAGCAAAUCCUACAGCCAGUGGGACGUGAACGCAGCCACACGCAGACACACGCAGACACACAUCCAGAUCUCGUCAUCCGCCUACAUUUCCCAGAAUUCUCUGUCAGAGCAGGGGAAGCGGUGGGCGGAGCCUCCCAAGCCGUUGCCGGGUCAACGACCCCUGCAGACGCUGCAGCUGUGGGAGCAGUACCGUGACCCCGGCACCGGACGCUUUUACUACGUCAACACCGUGACCGAGGAGCGCUCGUGGAAACCUCCACGCAGAGCCCGCGAGAGCCACGCCCACCAAAACAAGGUCGGGGCAGUUCAGCGUGACAUCAGACACCUGUCACUCCCAUUAAAGAACUCAGGAAGCAGCCCAAUGCACAGGCUCUCGCCUGACCUCUCCUACAUUACCCAUAAUGCCAACGGCUGGCAGCUGAGCCAGAGCAUGCAGCACGCGGCGUCAUCUGACGUGCUUAGCUCCGCCUCCAGCAUGUUUGACGACGCCCAUCGCAGGAACUCUGCCUUAGCAGGGGGCGUGGCAUGUGUGAGCCACUCCCACUCCAUGUUCCUGCCCUUACAGCGAGCUUCUGCAAACGGCAAGUUAGAUUACAGACUGGUGACAGAACCUUCUUCAUCUGGGAGCUCACCAGACAGUGAAGGAGUCACACCGGAACUGGAAAAGGCCGGUCUGCUCAACAAAACCAAGAUAGCAGAAGGAGGCAGGAAACUGAGGAAAAACUGGAACCCGUCAUGGGUGGUGCUGGUGGGAAACAGUCUCGUCUUCUUCAAAGACCCCAAAAGCCAGAAUCCUGACAGCUGGAAGCCGGGUAACAGCUGUCCAGAGAGCAGCGUGGAUCUGAGAGGAGCUCAGCUUCAGUGGACCAACGAUCUGUCCAGCAAGAAAAACGUCUUCAAGCUGAGGACGGUUACGGGAAAUGAGUUCUUGCUGCAGUCGGACACAGAGUCACUCAUCAGAGAAUGGUACAGAACCAUCCAGAACGUCAUCCACAGACUGGAUAAGGAGAAUCCUCUGGAUAAUGUGCUGCAGUAUUCUCUGAGGAGAGCCGGAUCGGUCGAGAUGUUGGAUCAGAGCGGAGACGAGGACGAGAAUCGCGCCGGACGCAAGACGUCGCUCCCUCGCUCCGCGUCUAACCUGGAGAACUCGGAGCACAAGCGUGUGAAGAGCCGCUUGAAGAAGCUGAUCCUCCGGAGACCUCCGCUCCAGACGCUGCAGGAGAAAGGACUCAUCAAAGAUCAGGUGUUCGGCUGUGCGCUGGAGCUGCUGUGUGAGCGAGAGAAAAGCGUCGUCCCUCAGUUCGUCAGGAAGUGCACCGAAGCCGUGGAGAGAAGAGGUUUGGAGACUGAUGGGAUUUACAGAGUCAGCGGGAAUCUGGCCGUCAUUCAGAAGCUGCGCUUCGCUGUCAAUCACGAGCGAGCCGUGACCACAGACGGACGCUAUCUCUUCCCUGAGGAUUUAGUUCAAGAGCGUCUGGAUCUGGACGACCCGCAGUGGGAGGACAUCCACGUCAUCACCGGAGCACUCAAGCUGUUCUUCAGAGAGCUGCCCGAGCCGCUCGUGCCGUACACACUCUUCCACGACGUCGUCGAGACCGUCAAAACCUCGGAGCAGCUGGAGAAGGUGGAGAGACUGAAGCUGCUGGUCCUCAGCAUGCCCCCACCCAACCAACACACCCUACGACACAUGAUCGGACACCUCAGACGGGUGAUGGAGCGCUCCAACAGCAACCGCAUGACCACGCAGAACAUCGGCAUCGUGUUCGGCCCCACACUGAUGCGUCCCGAGAACGAGAGCGGAAACAUGGCCAUUAACAUGGUGUACCAGAACCAGGCCGUGGAGCUGCUGCUGAGCCAAUACCUGCAGAUCUUCGGAGACGAGCAGACGGGAGCUUCCUGAAACCAUCCCAGACUGCAUCAUUACUCCACAAACUCACCCUAGACUGGAUCUCAUGAAAACACCACUGGGUCACACUUCAGCUCAGAUGUCAGAAAUAAUGAUAAAAAAAAUAGAAAUUAUAUUUUGCAUAAAGAAAAUUCAUUUUUAGGAUCAUUAAGAUAACAUCAUAAAUUCUCAAAGCAUCCAGACAUUUUAUCCUGUUUUUUUUUUUUUUGGACUACUA